AUUUGCGGAUGAUCAAAAUUCGAUUGCUAUUUAAAUUACAAUCAGUGAAAAAUCACGGAAAUCAGUGAAAAAAAUAUACUGAUUUCAGUGAUUAUACACUAACUUUGAAGUAAAAAUCACUAAAAGCCAGUGGAUUAUACACACUAAUUAUCACAAUAAGUAUACCACUGUAAAUUAGUAAAAAUACACUGAUUGCAAUUUACAGAGUAGAUUAUCAAUAAAAAUGGUGGUAGGAUAUUGAUAAAAGUAUAUAAUACACAAGCAUUCUAUUUUCGAUACUACAUGACUGACGACGUGCUUGCAGCUAAAGGAAUCUUUACAGACAUGUCGACGAGCAAUGAGGAAUCCAACGAGCAGUAUGUACCGCUGUUCAGAAUCGAGGAUAACAUAUUGAUUGGCACGGAGGAAACUCAUCCGGAAUGCACGAACAUCGGAGAACUGGUUCUCGAUAGAUUGAGGAAUAAGCUGGAUUUUGUCGGACAGUUAGAGAUUCCUUCGGGAAAAGAAACUACCUAUGCGGAAAUGAGAGAACGGAGUAUUAAAUGUGCCCUGUGGUUAAGAAAGAAUGGCAUCCAAAAAGGCGAUAAGAUUGGCAUAUGGACUGACAAUCACAUUGACACCUAUAUACCUGUAUUCGCAAGCUUGUAUGUCGCCGCAGUAAUAUGUCCAUGGGAUUAUGAAGUAUCAAAAGGGACAGCGCGGUACGGUCUAUCGUUAACAUCCCCCAAAAUGGUCUUCGUGGAUGCAAAAUCUGUCGAGAAUCUGAUGGAAGCUGCAAAGGAAGAAAAUCUAGAAGUCAAAGUCGUAGUUAUCGGCAAUCUACCAGGAUUCGUGUCUUUGACAGACAUUCUUCAGGAUCAAGUCGUCCAGUCGGAGAUCGACGAGUUCCGUUGCACCACCGUCAAUAAUCCUCAUGACACCGCGAUGAUAUGUCCUUCUUCCGGUACGACCGGUAUGCCGAAAGGAACUGAAUUGUCUUACGUGUCCCUUUACAACAGCAUCACGCCUAUCGAAGAAGUUAACAUGAUCAACGAAGUAUUGUUAUCGAUUUCUACAAUACGAUGGCACUGUGGACUAUGUCUAAUGUUCGAACUGAUUAUGUCAAAUGCGAAAUGCGUCAUUAUUCCAGAUGAAUACUUCCAGGAAAAAGAAACAGCCGAAAUAUGCAAAAUCAUUCAGGAUUAUAAGGUAACAUGGUUUGGAUGUGAUAUUUCUUUUCCGAGCCGUUUACUCAAAUACAAUAUUUUACAAGAGUAUCCUAUGUCGUCCCUGAAAAAGCUUGUCAUAACUGGUGGACCAUUUACAAAGAAAACACAAGAAGCUAUUGCAAAAAUGAUGCCACAUACUCAAAUAUUAAAUUGUUAUGGCUUGACUGAUGCCGGGGGAUUAUGUGCGAGCCAAGCAAAAAAUAGUAAGCCAGGUUCCUGUGGCUUUGUGACCAAAGGAAUACAAAUAAAAGUAAUAGAUGAAAAAACUGACAAAGCUUUAGGACCUAAUAAGAGUGGUGAACUAUGUAUAAAAUCAGAAUUUAUAAUGAAGGGUUAUCACAAAAAUCUAGAAGAAACUAAAAAUGCUAUUGAUUCAAAUGGUUGGCUGCAUACCAAAGACAUAGCAUAUUAUGACGAGGCAGGUGAAAUUUAUUUCAUCAGUAGAAUUUCGGAUUUUAUUAAUUAUAACGGCUGUAAGAUAUCACCCACGGCAAUAGAAGGUAUACUUGAAAUUCAUCCUUCAGUUUUCAAUGCCGCGGUUGUUCCUGUACCACAUGAAACGGAUAUAGAACACCCGAUGGCAUUUAUUGAAAAAGUAAUCGGAAAAGAGGUAACAGAGGAAGAAUUGCAUAAUCUAGUAGAUAAUCAUUUACCAAACUAUUAUAAGCUUAGAGGAGGAAUCAAAUUUAUAAAUAAACUUCCGCGUGUUAGCACUGGAAAAAUUGAUAGAAAACAAUUAAAAUUAUUAGCAAAAAAUAACGUCAAUUAAACUAAAAAAAAAGAUACAUUUUAAGAUAAGUAUAUGUAGUAUAUAGAUAUAGUACUGUUAAAGACCCUGAUAAAAAACUGUCAUGGAAUAAAACUAAAAAGAGAUAAAUAUAAACAUUAUCAAAAUA